CCCUCCUCCAUCGACGUGCAGGGCAUCUCGGAGCAGAGCUUCUUCGACAUCCUGCGCGAGUUCCGCGGCCAGCAGCCGGCCCAGGAGGGCGCGGCGCUCGAGAACCCCGGCGACUCCAGCCUGCACCUGGCCGGCACCGCGGCAGAGGUGAGGAACGGCCACGGGCUGCCCCCUGAGGACUGCCCCACUCAGCCCAGGGAGAAGCCCCGCAAGAAGGGCCCCAAGGCGGAGGCAGGGGGCGAGUCCCUCUUCCGGAAGCUGCGGAGUGGCCGGAGCGACGGGGAGCCCGGCAAGGCCGCGGCGGAGCCGGGGGAGGGCGCCAGGGCCUGGGUCUGCCAGAAGAGCUUCGCGCACUACGACGUGCAGAGCAUGCUCUUCGACCUCAGCCAGGUGGCAGCCAGCCGGGCGGUGGUGGCGCAGCGCAGGAACACCACCACCGGGGCCUCGGCCGCCUCCGCCGUCUCGGCCGCCCUCUCCCGGGCCUACGGCCUCGGGGGCCUGGACCCCGCCUUCGCCAGCACCGAAGACCUCAACUCCAAGGAGAACCUGGAGCACGACCUCGGGGACAACAAGAGCAACGACCUGCUGCUCAGCUGCCCCCACUUCCGCAACGAGGUGGGGGGCAUGUGCGAGCGCAGCGUCAGCUUCUCCGCGGGCGAGGGGGGCUUCCUGGAGCCCUCCCUCAACGCCUACUGCACCAACGCCAGCAUCUCCGUGCUGGAGGUCCCCAGGGAGCUGCAGAGGAGCCCCGGCAAGCUGACGCGCUACAACGUCGAGCACGUGGACUUGGGGGCCCACUACUACCAGCAGUAUUUCCACGGCAAAGGUACGUCGCCCGGGCCUGGCUCGGCUCCGGGCCCCUGCUCCUGGGCGGCCCUGGCCCGCGUUCCGGCGCUCCCAGCGGAGGCCAGCUCCAGAAGGAGGCGCUACAGAGGGCACCUUUGCAGGGAGAACAGGCCGCAGCUGGGCCGGUUCAGUGGCCCUGGGGAUCCUCUCGUAACCCUGCGAGGGUCCAUCCUGGAGGACGCGAUUCCCAGCACCGCCAAGCACGGGACGCUGCGAGGCCUGCCCCUGAAGGACGUGCUGUCUAACCCCCGUCCCUGUGCUUGGGUGCAGCUCGUAACCCUGCGAGGGUCCAUCCUGGAGGACGCGAUUCCCAGCACCGCCAAGCACGGGACGCUGCGAGGCCUGCCCCUGAAGGACGUGCUGGAGCACCUGGUCUGGGGGCUCCGUUGCCUUUCAGAUGGGACGCGUGCUCCUAAAUCACCUCGGCCCCUUUUGCCCGCUGGGUGCUGAGCUCGGCCAGGUCGGCGGGAGGGCGGGCAGGCUCUCACGGCGGUUCCCGCCCCCCAGCUCUGCCGGAAGCACAAGGUGGGGAUCCUGUACUGCAAGGCAGGCCAGAGCUCCGAGGAGGAGAUGUACAACAACGAGGAGGCGGGGCCGGCGUUCGAAGAGUUCCUCGCCCUCCUUGGGGAGAAGGUCUGCCUGAAAGCCUUCGGCAAGUACGCUGCCCAGCUGGACACCAAGACCGACUCCACCGGCACCCACUCUCUGUACACCACGUAUCAGGACUACGAGAUCAUGUUCCACGUCUCCACCAUGCUCCCCUACACGCUCAACAACAGGCAGCAGCUCCUACGCAAGCGGCACAUAGGGAACGACAUCGUCACAAUCAUCUUCCAAGAGCCGGGAGCCCUGCCUUUCACGCCCCAGAACAUCCGCUCCCACUUCCAGCACGUCUUCAUCGUCGUCCGCGCCCACAGCCCCUGCACUGACAACGUUUGCUAUAGUGUGGCUGUGAGCAGAUCCAAAGACGCGCCGCCGUUCGGGCCCCCCAUCCCCAGCGGCGUCACCUUCCGCAAGUCGGACGUCUUCCGAGACUUCUUGCUGGCCAAGGUGAUCAACGCGGAGAACGCCGCCCACAAGUCGGACAAGUUCCACACCAUGGCGACGCGCACCCGGCAGGAGUACCUGAAGGACCUGGCGGAGAACUGCAGCACCAGCACGCCCAUCGACUCCACGGGGAAGUUCAACCUCAUCUCCCUGGCCUCCAAGAGGAAGGAGAAGGGGAAGGCGCGGCCGGGGGCGGAGCAGCACAGCACCGGCGCCAUCGCCUGGCGCGUGGCCGCCCAGGACUUCGCGCAGGGGGCCGAGGUGGAGUGCGUCUUGGGCAUCUCCAACGAGUUCCUCGUCCUCUUGGACCUCCGCACCAAGGAGGUGGUGUUCAACUGCUUCUGCGGGGACGUGAUCGGCUGGACGCCCGAGGCCCUCGCCCUCAAGGUCUUCUACGGGCGAGGGGACCACGUCUUCAUCCGGGCCGUGGACGGCAGCCCCGAAGCCAUCCAGGAGAUUGUGCAGCGACUCAAGGUAGGAGCAGAGCUGGUGAGGGUGGGGCUCUCCUGGCCUGGGGCCCCAGGGCGCGGGGGGGCCGUGGUGACGCUCUCCCACGACCAGAUGAUUGACUUGCUGCGGACGUCCGUCACGGUGAAAGUGGUCAUCAUCCCGCCCCACGAGGACGGCGUCCCUCGCAGGUACCCCGGCUUUGGGCACCGGCUGCGGCAGCGCUCGCAGCCCAGCUGGGCUCACUGCCCUUGGGCCCUCUGCUCCAGAGGGAGCCGCUGUGGAGGCUGCGUUAAAAGGGGAGUCAGCUGCAGAACCAGGCCGGUUAGCUUCCCGGAGACGCCACACGCUGCCCCGGCGGGCCCCGAGAGAGCCCAGCCCUACCGCCAGCCCUCUGGCAGCUUCUCCACGCCGGGCUCGGGAGGAACGGCGUACGCCCGCUACAAGCCGUCCCCAGAGAGGUAUGCAGCCGCCCCGCGCCCCACGCCGCCCUGCGAGCAGCACUGCCGCCCCGACCAAGCCCAGCCAGGAGAGCGCCAUGGAGAGACACAAGCCGG